AUGGAGAAUCUCUGGGGCAAGAAGUUGAAAGCAAUAUACAGGUGCCAGCCAGUCCGGCUCUGGGUCUUCUUCAGCCUCCUCAUCCUCCUCUUGGUCACACUUCAAGUCAUGGAGAAGCUGCAGCCUGCCAAAAAUUGCCAAUGCGAGCUGGAGCGUGCCCUGCAGCAGACCACGGACCAUGGCCAGAAGCAGCCCGGCUGUGCCCUCCAGACCCCCAACCCGCAGCGGGAGGAUAAUUCCCUGCACUGGCAGAGGAAGGCCGUGCCAGACCCUGCUUUGAAUGAGAGCGCACAGGAUGUUUUCCAGAUGCAUCUGUACUCCAGCCAGGAGACCCCACCAGAAAGCAGCCCAGGCAGCCAAGAGCAGCACUGGAUGUGGCAACCUGUGGAGAACAAGAAGGCCAAAGCCCAUCUUUCAUCCACAAGGCUGAAAUCUCAGCUUCCCAGCCGGAGAAAAGCAACAAGAGAGGAUCCUUCUCCAAGCCUUCCUGGGAGGAUCUCCGAAGUCUUGGGAGAUGAUGAUGCUGUCACCAACAAGUUCAUAAUCUUUGCAAAUGGGAAGCCCAUGGAGGAGCUCAGGAGAACAUCACCAGCAGGAACAAUGCAGGUGGUGGUACAGAGCCAGCCUUGGCCCCAAGCCAUAGGAUCUCCCCACCGUCAGGGGAGCAGCUUGCUUAAACACGCCAUGCCAAAUUCAGCCCAACCUCCACAGGCAGAGGUCUUCUACAAGACAGGCCUGGAGAGGAGAUUUUCCCCAAGCUGGACAGAAGUCUCUAAGGUUAAGGAGGUGACACUUGGAGAAGGCCAGCAGGCCAGAGGGGUCUCCUUGCAAGGGGAGACAUGUGAGCCCAAGACUGAUGUUGUUUUCCUGAAAGUCCACAAGAGUGCCAGCAGCACCGUCAUGAACAUCCUCUUCCGCUUUGGCGAGACGCACAACCUCACCUUCGCCUUCCCCAUUGGGGGUGGCAACCAGCUUUUCUACCCACGUCAUUUCUUGGCGAGGUUUGUCAGGGGCUUCUCCCCCAAGAGCCCUCGGCAGUUCAACAUCCUCUGCCACCACAUGCGGUUCCUGCAGCCGGAGGUGCAGAAAGUAGUGUCCAGCUCAGCCAUCUACUUUUCCAUCCUGAGGAACCCUGUGCAUCUCAUGGAGUCCUCCUUCGCAUACUACAAGGGCACGUCAGCUUUCUCCCGCGCCCACAGCCUGGAGGAGUUCCUCAGCCAGCCCUACCACUACUACAACCCUGCAGACAGGAACAGCCACUACGCCAGGAACCUCAUGACGUUUGACUUUGGCUUCAACCCUGACGGAGAGGCCUCAGCCGAGCGGGUGCAACUCAUGCUGAAGGCCAUCGAGGCGUCCUUCGACUUGCUCCUCAUCUCUGAGUACUUCGAUGAGUCCAUGGUGCUGCUGAAGGAGAUUAUGUGCUGGGACCUGGACAGCGUUGUCUCCUUCCCGCUCAACACCAGGGACAGCAGCACCAAGUUCCCGCUCUCGGACACCAUCGUGGAGAAAAUCAAGGAGUGGAACAGGCUGGACUGGGAAAUCUACACCCACUUCAACAGGACCUUCUGGGAAAGGAUUGACCGAGACAUCGGCAGGGAGCGCAUGCAGCGGGAAGUAAAGGCACUCCGGGAGAGGCAGAUGGAGCUGGCGAGGACCUGCCUGCAAGGGAUGGGCAGCGUGGCCCCAAAGGAGAUUAAAGACGCUUCCCUGAAGCCGCUGCAGCAUGGCAAGGCGAAGAUCUUGGGCUAUAACCUCAAGCAGGGCUUGGAUAAGGAGACAGAGCGCAUGUGCCGGCGGCUGGUGACCCCAGAACUGCAGUACAGCAGCAAGCUCUACAAGAAGCAGUUUCCCCAGAAGCACCCUCAGCCCCGCUGGCCCGCACCCUCUCGGCAGGGCAACGCCCCACAGCACAGGCUGGAGGGCUCCCAAAACUAA